AUGGUGACUUCUCUUCGUUCGGCUGUUGCAAUGGCGUCGCUCGCUCUGGGUGUGUCCACAAUAGACAUCACGCACGCAGAAGAGCUGUGCUCGAUCACUCCUCAGUCUUAUGCCAAAGCCAAGACUGACUACCCGGACCUUGCUUUCGCCAUCAGUGCGGUGGAGGAGUAUUCCAUUGCUGCUUGGUAUACUGACCGCCUCUCGACAGCCGACCGUGCCAGGAUGCUUAAAGACCUGACGACCCAAUGCUCCGAGGACACGCGCAUGACUGUCGUCGUUUACGGCAUACCGAAGAAAGACUGCAAUGCUGGCUUCUCCUCUGGUGGAACCGUGUCGAACACAGCCGACUACAAAAAGUUCCUGUCGGAUUUGACCACUGCAGUGGGGAACCGCAAGGUCCUGUAUGUGGUCGAACCUGAUUCUGUCGGUCUUCUUGCUGAAGAGAACGGGUGCGGUGUUGGUGCUGGCUACCUUGAGAACCUCAAAGUUGCCGUGAAGGCUCUUUCGAAGAACAAGAAUGCUGAGCUGUACGUAGACGUUGGCUACUGGACUCUCGAGUACGAAGCUCAGUCCUCGAAGGUUGUGAAAGUGAUGAAGGAGCUGGCGGGAGAAGGAAAACUCAAAGGCAUCACUAUCAACACGUCCAACUAUCGCUCGACCGACCAAAUGACGAAACUGUGCACCAAAUUUCAGACCGCCAUGGGCUCGACUGACAUGACGUGCAUUGUCGACACCUCACGCAACUUCAAUGAGCCUGCCACCACGGACUGGUGUAAUAUCAUGAAGGCUGGUAUCGGACAGCCGCCUACAUCGGAAACCAACAUCACGAACCUCGACUACUUCAUGUGGGUCAAGGUUCCUGGAGAGAGCGACGGGACGUGUUCCGACGGCUCCGAGGCUGGUCCCACUGCUGGCUUUUUCUUCGAAGCAGGGUUUCAACACCUGUGGGACCAAGGGUACCUUGUCAAGAAGCUCGGCAUGAACACAAUCGCAGAUGGAGGGACUGCCUCGCAGACCUCGAAAACUGGUGUUUCCCAGACGUCGUCGCAGGCCUCUGCAUCAGAAUCGACUGACGAGGAUGAUGGUGUGUCCGAGACUACGGACAAGAGCUCCUCGGAGGAGACGGAGGAACCAAAGAAGGAGGGGGACGAAGAACCUCAGCCGCAAAAUGGCAGUGCACCCCAAACAACUGCUCAAACUGAACCUUCCGGCAGCAGCGAUACUAUGAACGAGACUGAGGACAAGACCGAGGACGAGAGUGAGACUACACCGUCGUCGACCACCGAGAGCAGUCCGUCCCUCGAGUCUGAAGUCGCUCCGAUCAGUACUCCUGCCGUGAUUCUGGACACCAUUCCACCUGCGGUUGAGAGCCCUCUCAAGACGGCCAAGUGCACGGUAAAAGGCCGAUUCCGCCAGUAG